CACACCUGCUGGAGAGUCAUCGUCAAUCCUGGAUUGGUACUAUUCACAUUACUAACUUGGCUCUUACCGCUUUUCCGAGGUCUAUUCUACUGCCGUACGUUAAUAUUUGAAGUGUGCACGAACAGGAAAACAUGGAAACGAUGAAAAUAAAUGCUGGAAAAGUUGAACACCUAGUUUAGUCCUUGGCGAGAAGUGUUCAGAGUCGGUAGUGGUCUAGUGUAUCAAAGUAGUGCUGGUUAAAAUGGUUUGGUCCGCUAUUAUUGAAUCCCUGCAAAUACGUUACUAGUGAAAUUGUGCACAGUUCUACAUACGUACCAGUAGAGAUUGCGUGUUACCUUUUUUUAGCUUAUGAGACUCGUUUUUUGUGAAAAUUUUAUCCAGUCAGCGUGAUAAAAGCACUAAAGAAGUUGCAUUGCAGGAUAGCGUACCUUAGAAUAAGAAGAUUUAAAGUUACAUCAAAAUGGCAUCCCAAACUAACAAUAUACCUAGUAGUUCCGGUAGCAACUCUUCCUUAACAAAUACGCACACCGACGAGCGCUUGGUGGUCGCUGUACGAAUACGUCCUUUGAGCGAUGGCAACGAGUCCAACUGUGUGCAGGUUCUUUCCCAUCGGUCACUGCUCUUCGACGAGGGCAAUCGAAAUAAACCAAAAAAAUAUAAUUAUGAUUACGUAUUUGGCGAAACAUCCAGUCAAGAAGAGGUGUACAAAACAACAACAGCACCUCUCGUGCAGGACGUUUUAAAUGGAUACAACGCGGCAGUGUUUGCGUAUGGGGCAACCGAGUCCGGAAAAACUCACACUAUGCUAGGCCAAAGUCCAAAGAAGUCUAGUUCAUCAUAUGAUGAAGCAAAAACGCAAGAGGAUGGGCUAAUGAUCAAAGCAGUGGCUGAUAUAUUCAAGUUCAUCGAAAGCUCAGAAAAUCCGGAUAACUUCAAGAUAACCAUGUCAUACCUGGAAAUUUAUAAUGAACUCAUCCGAGACCUUCUGAAUCCAGGUGGUCCUCUAGAAUUACGUGAGGAUAACAAAGGAAACCAAUCAGUGACUGGUUUGUCGGAGAUAUCAACUACCUCAAAACAGGAAAUUAUACAAUUGUUAGUAAAAGGGAACAAGGCUCGUACCGUGGAACCGACUGCAGCUAAUCAAACUUCAUCUCGAAGUCAUGCCCUGCUUGGCAUUACGGUUUUAAACCAAACUUCUAUCGGUAUCAAACAAGGGCGUCUAUUUCUAACAGAUUUGGCUGGUUCAGAGCGAGCACGGAAAACCAAGAAUCGAGGCAAACGUCUUCAAGAGGGAGCUCAUAUUAAUCGUAGUUUGCUGGCACUAGGAAAUUGCAUUAACGCUCUGGCUGGUGGAGCAAGAUAUGUGAACUAUAGAGAUUCCAAAUUGACACGUUUACUUAAGGAAGCCCUUAGUGGUCGCUGUAAAACUGUUAUGAUAGCUCAUGUAGCUCCGGAUGCAAAACAUCGCGAUGAGACUAAGAAUACAUUGGUCUACGCUGAUCGAGCAAAUCAUAUCACUACACGGUUGCAAAAUCCUACAAUUUUGGAGGAACAUCGAGAAUUACCGAUGGCACACUAUCAGACACUGGUUUCUGAAUUACGGGAAGAAGUUAGUCGGUUGAGGGAUAAAAUGUUAUCUGAUCGACCACGAAGUGGAGCUGCUCAGAAGCAACAACAGGCACCGAUGAUUGACGAUAAUUCAUCCGAGGAUCAAAUAAAAAAAGUGGAAUUGAAAUAUCUGAGAGAACAAAUCGUUCAUACAUUUAAGCUGCAAAUGAGAUUAAGACGUAGGCUAUUGGAAGCAGAUAGUCAUUUAUUAGGGCUGGAAUUGGACGCGGAAAGGCAGCACAUGGUCAUAUCACAUUGGCAGAGUCGACAGGGCAAGUUGUAUGAUCGAAUGGAUGCUGAUGAAGAUUCGGAUUCGGAGGGUAAUUCUGCUUUACGCUCGGCCUGGAGUGAAUUGUCAGCCAUAGAGAAAGAAGUGAAACGAUAUCGCGAAAUAAGACUAGCGACGGAACACGAUUUAGAGGAAUGUCGAAAGAAGGGAGUAGCUUUGGAAGAUGAACUUCCGGAACGAAUAAGUAGCGACGAAGAACGCGAACUAUUAUCAUUAUUGUGCAGAGUGCACGAGUUAGAAGCAGAUAAGGUUUCUCUACAAGCAGAGCGCUUAGCUAGACAAGCAGAACUCAGGCGUCGCGAUCUACAGUUGUUGCGAGCUGAGCGUCAGAGAAGAUUAUGCGAAGAUAUCAUCAGCACCCAAAGAAGAAUAAUUGAAAAUGGGAAUGUUGAACUUCCAGAUGAGUUACGGGAGCUAUAUGCACUGUAUCAACAGGAGAUACACGCAAGCACAUAUACUAGUGGACGAAAGACGGCAGGUUAUGAAUACAGCGAUAGCAAAUUGCCUUCGAUUUAUCACAAGGAUCGUGGCAUCACCUCGCCAGGCAGCUCAAGUUCCGGUUCGGAAUGGUCCCCGUCACCGCUACCACCAAUCGAUGCAGAGGGAAAUGUCAUCAAUCCAGAUCGCGUAAUGGGACCACCGGUGGGUCCGAAACUUCCGUCUAUCGAUCGCUUGCGUAGCAGCUACGGAAGUACUCAAAGCACAUCAAGUGAUGAUUGAAAACUAUGCUGAAUAACCGUCUAGUUUCAAAAUGUUUGCACAUAAGAGAAGCAAUAAAUACUUUAUUUAUUAAAUAUCCUGCAAUGAUAAUGAGUUUAUUGGAUUAAUUUGUAAAUUCAAAGGCGAUAAAUGCAGUUGAA